AGUGGCUGAUGUUAACAUAUCAUAAAACCUUCCCCUUUCCACUUUUGAGGUCUCACUCUCUCCACUGUUCGUCCAUCUCAGAUCUUCCUUCUGAUCGCCGCGAUGACGACGUCGACGCCGCUGAAGGCCGUGACGCUGACCCAUGUCCGUUACCAGAGAGGCGACCGCAUAGGACACUUCCUCGCAUGGGUCUCCCUCGUCCCCGUCUUCAUCAGCCUUGGUGGCUUCGUCUCCCACUUCAUCUUCCGCCGCGAGCUCCAAGGAAUGUUCUUCGCCUUCGGCCUCAUCAUCUCUCAGUUCAUCAACGAACUCAUCAAAACCUCCGUUCAGCAAGCCCGACCCGAAACCUGCGCUCUCCUCGAAAUGUGCGAUUCUCACGGUUGGCCCUCUAGCCACUGUCAAUAUAUGUUCUUCUUCGCCACUUACUUGACCCUUUUGUCUUCCAAGGGUUUUGGAUUCUGGGACAUGCGUAACAACCUUGUUCUCCACCUCGUUACUUGGUCUCUUGCCUUUUUGACUAUGUAUUCUCGUGUCUAUUUGGGAUAUCAUACCGUUGCUCAGGUGUUUGCCGGAACUGCUCUGGGAACCUUUCUUGGGGCUGUUUGGUUUUGGGUUGUUAACGCCGUUUUGUACCGUUAUUUCCCUGCUAUUGAAGAGAGUGCGUUUGGACGGCGGUUCUAUGUGAAGGACACUUCGCAUAUUCGUAACGUGUUGCAGUUUGAGUAUGAGAUGGCUAGGGCUCAAAGACGGAACUUGGCCUCUGAUUCUAAGUCCGAUUGAUGAUUUGAUUCGUCGGCAGAUUGCUCCGAGUUCUUCUAGGCUUUGUUUCACAAGUAUUUAAUAUUUAUUGCAGUAUUUUAUAAUAGCUUUCUUCUUUGGAGCAUUCUACUUAAGAAGCCAGCUGGGUCAGUACAAAUGAUAUCUAUGAACAGAGCAGCAGAGCAAACUGAUAUUUUAGGCCUAUGAUGCUUAUGAAAUAGAACUGAUGUAACAAUAGAGUGAUUAGCUGAUGCUAUAGAUAUAGACAAAUGAAUAUUUUAUCUUGUUUUCUCUUACAUGUGUUUUAGACGAAGAUACAUUGAUUUAUACAAAAACAACUAAGGGAUUGUGAAGAUUAUUUAUAAAUUUAAAUUUUUUGUUAUACCCUU